CCAGAUCCUAUAUAAAAGUUCUCUCAUACCACGUUCCCUCACUCCCGUUGACUCCUUUCCACUGGUUCGUGCCGUGGGACACGGACUCCCAUCACAUAGACCAUGGGUUCCCACCAGCAGAAAGGAGACGGCCAAGGGAUGUCUGAGCAGUCCCAAGGGUGCCACGGCGGCGGCGGCGGCGGCGGCGGCUGCCAUGGAGGGGGUGGAGGAGGAUGCUGCCACAGCAGCGGUGGAGGAGGAUCUAUGGGAUACCAGAGCCAGGGGUCGUCCUGCCAUGGAGGAGGAGGCGGCUGCGGCGGCUGCGGCGGCGGCAGUGGUGGAGGUGGCGGGAUCAUUUAUCAGACUCACAUGCCAUCAUCCUCCUGCGGAGGAGGAGGAGGAGGUGGUGGCCAGCAGAGCCAAGGAUCCAUCUGCAUUAUUGGAGGAGGAGGAGGAGGAGGAGGAGGAGGAGGUGGAGGAGGAGGGGGCUCAGGGCAACAAAGCCAAGGCCCCAUCAUUAUUGGAGGGGGUGGAGGUGGCGGAGGAGGAAGUUCUGACCACCAGAGCCAUGUACCCAUCUGCAUCGGAGGGGGAGGAGGAGGUGGUGGUGGUCAGCAAAGCCAAGGUCCCAUCUGCAUUGAUGGAGGAAGUGGUGGAGGUGGUGGUGGUGGUGGUGGUGGAGGUUCAGGCCACGAGGGCAAAGGAAUCAUCAUUAUUGGUGGAGGCAGCGGUGGUGGUGGUGGUGGAGGUGGUGGUGGAGGUGGCUCAGGCCACCAGGGCCAAGGUCCCAUCUGCAUUGGAGGAGGUAGUGGUGGAGGAGGAGGAGGUGGUGGUCAACAAAGCCAAGGUCCCAUCUGUGUUGGUGGGGGUGGCAAGGGAGGAGGAGGAGGAGGUGGAGGUGGUCAAGGUCCCAUCAUUAUUGGUGGAGGAGGUGGUGGUGGUGGAGGAGGAGGUUCAGGGCACCAGGGUCAAGGUCCCAUCUGCAUUGGAGGUGGCAGUGGAGGAGGAGGAGGAGGUGGAGGUGGUCAAGGUCCCAUCAUUAUUGGUGGAGGAGGAGGUGGUGGUGGAGGAGGAGGUUCAGGGCACCAGGGUCAAGGUCCCAUCUGCAUUGGAGGUGGCAGUGGAGGAGGAGGAGGAGGAGGUGGCUCAGGGCACCAGGGCCAAGGUCCCAUCAUUAUUAGCGGUGGUGGUGGUGGUGGAGGAGGAGGAGGAGGUUCAGGGCACCAGGGCCAAGGUCCCAUCUGUAUUGGAGGUGGCAGUGGAGGAGGAGGAGGAGGAGGAGGUGGCUCAGGGCACCAGGGCCAAGGUCCCAUCAUUAUUAGCGGUGGUGGUGGUGGUGGAGGAGGAGGUGGCUCAGGGCACCAGGGCCAAGGCCCUGUGUGCAUUGGGGGAGGAGGUGGAGGAGGAGGUGGAGGUGGCUCAGGCCACCAGGGCCAAGGUCCCAUCAUCAUCAUCGGAAGCGGAGGCGGAGGUGGAGGUGGAGGUGGUUCCUCCAGCUCUGGAGGAAUGUCCAUGCAGCAGCAGACCCAGCCCAUCUGCUGGCCACCGCAGACCAAGCACAAGUAGUGGCUGCCAGAAGGACUCUGACACCAAGGAAGCCCAAGAUACGAAGAUGCCUCACAUUUCCUCCUCUGUUAAAUUUAAGAUUAUUUGCAUUGUUCUCUUCUCCUUUCCCCCGGGAAUGUUCUGACCGGAACCUCUGGUGCUGUGUCUCCAUAAUUCCAGCCAGGGUUGUUCCGUGUGCCUGUUCCUGCCUCAAUUUUCUAGUGCUUGCACCAGACAAUAAAACUUGCAGUUCUAGAGA